AUGAAGCUUACAAGUAUACCGAGAAAACUUUGGGAACACAAGAAAAAGUCGACAUUUGCAUCUCUUAUUGCUUACUUCACAGGAUGGAAGAUAUACAACUGGAAAAGAGACUGUAAUAUACGAGCUAUAUACGCUCGAGAAGCAAAACAGUUUGGUGAUGCACCGUUGGAUUUAGCAGAGCGUUUACGACGUGUCACUGUUUUGGUGGAUAAAACCUGUGCGAGUGCUUUCGAUAGUUUCGAAAAGAAUGCUUUGCCAUUACUUAAUUUAGCUGGUCUACAAGUGGAUAUAAUCAAGCCUAAUGAUAUUUCUGAAUUCAAAACUAUUGCGGAACAUAUUGAUACGACAGAAUGUGAUGCUCUGUAUAUUAUUGGUGGAGAUAAUGCUUUAAGCAUUGUUCUAAGUGCAGUGUGUCGUCAAGAAAAUAAUUCAUCGCUACCUAUUGGUGUUUUUCCAGGUGGUUCUGACAAUCGUUCAUUAAUCGGUUUAGUACCUGAUGUAUUUGCAGUUCAAAAUGAUAUUCGUCCAUACUGUGAAAGUGCUAUGGCUCUUAUCGAAGAACAAACUCGACCUAUUUAUUUAUCAAGCAUAAAAUUUGAGAACUCAGAAAGCAGCACAAAUGAAGGAAAAGAACCACUUUACGGUGUAUCUGGACUGUAUGCUGGCUGGUACGAUAGGGUUGAAGUAAACAAAGAUAAAUUAUGGUAUUGGGGUGCAUUAAAACGUUGGAUUGCUUAUAUCACAGCUUAUUUACGAUCUUUAAAGCAAUAUCCAGAAAUAGAAUUUAAUAUGAUUUGUGAAGAAUAUUGUGCCGGUUGCUCCAAAUGUCGAUCAUCACAAUCUAUAAAUGAAAAAACCAAACAGCAGACGAAUAGGCAAUGGUGGCAUUAUAUUACUGGUUCGCGUACUUAUACUGGUGUGAAAGAUAUGAAACCGAAAAAGGAUUACUCAUUAAUACAGAAUGAGAAUUGUGGAAAAACUAGAGAAAUGAAAAUCAAAGCGGUCGAUAUAGCAUUUGAGAAUUUCCAAGACCAGAGUGCAUGCGGUCUUCGUGUUCGUAGUGGAGGUGCUGAACGCAGUAGGAUCAGUUUAUUAAUUGAUGGUUGGACAAGGUGUCAAACAAAGCAGUUAUUUUCAUCUCCCGAUACUAGUUUCUAUCAGACUGAUUGUUGUGUUAAAUCGGUAGUUUUAACAUUCAGUUUGCUGCCAGAUGCUUUUAAGAAAAUAACAAUAUUUGGUAAUGAUUAUAAAAUGGAUAAUGACUUAAAGACUCGAAUACUUCUCGAAUCAACUAAUAAAUAUGUUAACAUGUAUCUCCCCACUAAGAUACGGGUAUCUUAA